AGCGCCACUUGACGGAGUAUGCCGACGAAAUAGGGAGCAGACGGUUGACCGGUCCAUUUAAACGUAAAACGGUUUCUCAUUCGCAGUGUGGGAAUUUGAAGCAGAACAUUCUUUCAGAAAAACCGGGUAACCCACGACUGACGCUUUCGAUGUCGUUUCUUGAUUCCUGGCGUAAGCUGAGGCCUUUUGCAUAUACUUUUACAGGCAGGUAACACAAUGGAGAAUCAUAAAAGGCAGAAGGUGAUGUGGGGUGACCACCGAGGCAGAAGAGGAAGGGGACGCGGUGCUCCGCAGUGGCACGAUGGCCGACGUAGAGAUGGGGAACCCAGGAAAAUGCAUCCGAUGGGCCGGAGAAAACUGGAAGAAAUAAUCGAAAAGGAUCCCACCGAGAUCGUCCUGGACCUGGGUGACAACCCCGGCUUCAAGGAACUCCUGAAGGUCUCACAUUCUCCCAUAAUGGGCCUAGUGUUGCAAGCCUUGCUGAAGGCCAGUCAAAGCCCAAACAGGGCCCUGGUGAUGAAGCUCUUCAGCAACACUGUGAUCGAUGACCAGUUCCUCUUGCGGCUUCUGCAAUACAUUUCAGCCCUUCAGGGAUACUCUGCCGACCCCAGAGAAGCCUUGCUCGGCUUCACCAACGUGGUGACGCUGCUCAAGGUCCUUCGGGACAUUGCCCCGCAUUACGUCCACAGUAACAUAACCAUGCUCCUGCCUUGUCUCGAGUCAGCCAUGAAUGUGCUGCGAGCCAGAGGAUUAACUGUACCAGACUGCCUCCAGGACUUGAUGGAGUGUAAACAAGUCCCUUCAGUUUUCAGAGCUCCAACUGUGUCGACUGCGCCCAACGACUUCAGGGAAAUACCGGUUAUACCGGGCAUCGAAGACAUCCUUACGGAGAGGAAACCAUUCCUGCGACCGAACAUCUUGAACGGUGGUUACGACGACGUCUGGCAUUAUCUAGACGUACAGUUUAGGCUGCUGAGGGAGGAUUUCAUUCGGCCGCUGAGAGAAGGAAUUAGGGAUUAUCUCUCGCUCGAAGGUGGCCCUGCAGAUAGAUUAAAAGAUGUCAGGUUGUACACUGACACGAGGAUUGCUGGCUUUUCCUGUACAGACGCGGGCCUGGUGCAUUAUGUGACCUUCAAGACAGAGAAGCGCAUCAACUGGGAAACGUCAAAACGCUUGUUGACCGGGUCACUCAUUGCCUUCUCUUUGGAUGGGUUUCAAACUAUGCUGUUUGCGACAGUGGUCCAGAGAAAUGUGCAGCUACUGUCGGAAGGAAAGCUUCCAGUACAGUUCUCCGACCUCAGAAAAGUGGCCGACGUUGGACAGGAUAUCCCCUUCGUCAUGAUCGAGACGUCCUCCUACUUUGAAGCAUAUAAGCACAACCUCCUGGCUUUGCAACAACUAACACCUGAUACGUUACCGCUACAGAAGUACAUUGUGGAAGUGAACGUAGAAACCAGGCCUCCACCGUACCUAAGCCAGCUUGCUAACUACGAUUUGUCACCCAUAAUGAAAAACGGAAUGCCUUUCGAAACGACGAAGGUCUGUGACAGGAACAGAUGGCCGUCAAGAAACAACGUCUCAGUGGAUGAAUCCCAGUUUCAGGCCAUCCACGCAGCUCUCACGAGCGAGUUCAGCAUCAUUCAAGGGCCUCCCGGAACGGGAAAGACGUUUGUCGGACUUACCAUAGUAGACAUAUUGCUCCGCAACAAGUGUCUGUGGUACAACUCUUCACCGAUACUUGUCGUCUGCUACACCAACCGUGCACUUGACCAGUUCCUAGAAAGCAUUCUUCAGUUUACUCAGCAGAUCGUAAGAGUUGGUGGUCGUUGCACAAAUGAACAUCUAAUGACUUACCAGCUGGCCGAGCUGCGAAGGACCCACCAGGAACGACGAGACAUACCGCAAAACCUUUAUGUCAACUUGAGAGAUGUCAGGCGGCAGCUGGAACACACCAAGGCACUGCUGAAAGAACGGCAAGCAGCAAUCCACAGGGCAACAAAGUCUGUUCUCUUUCUGGAAGAUCUCGAGGAAGUCGUAGAUCACGACUGCUACGAGAGCUUCUUCGAGCGACCGAAUAUUGACAUAGAAGGAUGGCUCGAGUUCACACCUGGCCAGCCCCCAGAGGCCGCUGACGCUGUUCAGGAGGAGGUAGUAGAAGAAGAGGAAGACGAGGUUGAGUUUCUGGAAGGAAUGAGGGUGGUCGAUGAAGUUGUCCAGCUGAAUGAAGAUGAUGUCUGGAGGCUACAAGGUCAUAGAAAAGGGUUUAGAAAGGAGUUAGAGAAACAUGAGCCAAUGGCCGAAGCUGAAGCUGCAGACGUCACCAAUGUCUGGAGGUUGCGACGGAACGACCGCUGGAGGCUUUAUUCUCGCUGGGUGCAGGACUAUGUGACAAGAGUGAAGACAGGCCUGCAGGAACUGCAGGAAGAAUUUUGCCAGAAGAUGAGUGAGCUCAAAGAACUUCGACAAGUACAGGACCUUAUUGUUCUUAAGUCUGCCCAUGUUGUGGGGAUGACGACAACUGGCGCUGCCAAAUUUCAUUCCCUCGUCGAGCAACUGAGAUCACGUAUCGUCAUCGUAGAAGAAGCCGCGGAGCUGUUGGAAACGCACGUCGUGACGUCGCUGUCGCCAGCAACGGAGCAGCUCAUCCUCAUUGGGGACCACCAGCAACUGAGACCCUCUGUUGGUGUCUACGAGUUGGCCAAGCACUACAAGCUGGACGUAAGCCUUUUCGAACGCAUGCUGAUGAACGGGAUGCAGUGCAGCAAGCUAGAGAGACAGCAUCGUAUGAGGCCCGACUUUGUCCACCUCCUGGUUCCGCAUAUCUACAGGACUCUGGACAACGACGAGUCUGUCCUCAAAUACGAAGACGUCCUCGGUGUUUCGUGCAACCUUUUCUUUCUCACCCAUGACAGGCACGAGUCCGGUGCAGAUGACUCAAAGAGCCGUUCUAAUCAGCAUGAGGGAGAGUUUCUGGCAAAGUUAUGCAAGUACCUGAUCCUGCAAGGGUACGCACCAUCGCAGAUCACCAUUUUGACCACGUACUCAGGCCAGGUGUUUCUACUAAGAAAAAUUGCCAAACAAGAAAUGAUUGCGGGCGUUCGCAUCACGGCGGUGGAUAAUUUUCAGGGUGAAGAGAAUGACAUAAUCUUGCUGUCCUUUGUGAGGAGCAACGCGGAAGGGAACAUCGGAUUCCUCAAGGCAGGGAACCGCGUCUGCGUUGCACUCUCGCGGGCCCGUGAGGGCUUGUUUUGUGUCGGGAAUUUUGAAAUGAUGGCACGGUCCAGUAAAUUGUGGGAAGGGAUUACGUUGACAUUGCAGGCCAAAGCGGCCAUUGGUAAUACCCUCGUCCUCAAGUGUCCGAGGCACCCGGAGCGAUUGACACCCGUUUCAAGCGCAGCCGACUUCCGGAAGGUACCCGAGGGCGGCUGCAACCUCCCCUGCGGCGCGCGCCUCAUCUGCGGACACGCUUGCAGUCGCAUCUGUCACGCUUACGAUGUUGAGCACAAAGAGAUGAAGUGCACAAAACCAUGCGCAAAAAUAAUCUGCGCUCGUAACCACACCUGCAGGCUUAAAUGCUACGAGACGUGCGCUCCGUGCAGAGUACCUGUUGUGACGCAGAUUCCCAGUUGUGAACACUGGGCGGACAUCCCCUGCUCCGUGUCUCCGAGUGACUGGACAUGUCGCAAACCCUGCAUCAAGACUCUCAAGUGUGGCCACCUGUGUCCGGAGCCAUGCGGGUCACUCUGCUCGACGGCCUGUAACGUCAAGGUAACCGUACGGUCCAAAUGUGGCCACGAUGUCUCGCUACCUUGCAAAGAUGCUGCCAACUAUGGAAAGGUUCUUGCACGUUGCAGAGCACCCUGCACGUCUACUCUGUCCUGCGAACACCCUUGCAAGGGCACCUGCGGAUCCUGCUUUCAGAACCGUUUUCACAAAAAAUGUUCCCAGAAGUGCGGCCGUGUAUUGGUGUGCGGACACGAGUGCAAGGAACCGUGCGCCAUGAACUGCCCUCCUUGCCGACUUAAGUGCGAAAACGAAUGCCAGCACAGUCGUUGCAGAAAGAAAUGCGGAGACAUCUGCGUGCCAUGCUCGGAAAGGUGUCUCUGGCAGUGUAAGCAUCAGAGGUGCGAACAGCUAUGUUGCCAACCGUGCUUACGCCCACCGUGCCAGAAGCCAUGCGAGAGGAUCCUCCCUCUAUGCAAACAUCCUUGCGUUGGAUUCUGCGGAGAGCCAUGUCCAAAACUGUGCAGGAUUUGCAACAGGGAGGAACUGACGUCCAUUUUCUUUGGCACCGAAGAGGAAGAAGACGCACGCUUCGUUCAGCUCGAAGACUGCGGACACGUCCUCGAGGAAUCCGGACUGACUAGCUGGAUGCAACAGUCGUCCGAUGCGAUCCAGGUGAAGACGUGUCCCAUGUGCAAAACGCCCAUACGCAAGAAUUUGCGUUACGCAAAUGUCGUCAAACAGUGUCUCGAAGGCAUCGAGAAGGUGAAACGAAAGGCAUUAAUGCCUUUGACCAAAGAGAAGGGGCAAGAACUGAGGCACAGACUAGCCCUCGUCUCACCCGACCUCCCGAAGCACCGUCUGGCAGAGCAAUUAGAAAGCAAAGAUACACUUCAGGCGAACAUAGAGAAUUUUGUGAGCUUCUUCGAAGACCUCUCCGCUGUGCACCACCAGCUCAGUUAUGUUUCCCUUCCGCCAGCCUAUGACUCGCAUCUCUGCGAGCGAAUCGCAAAUCUGCACAAAACCGCACUGGCUUUCGUACAGACCAGCUUCGAAGCGACACCGCAGCGGUUCCAAGACAUUGCGCAAGAAGUUUAUAGACUUAAACUUCUGGCAGAAGUCCUUAAAAUGGUCAAAACGUAUUCACAAAACGACAAAGUCACGACAUGUCUGACAGAAGCGCUCUCUCUCGUAACGACCAUCUUUCGUUUCGAACGUGACCAGGAUGUGAAAGAGCUUCUGCAACGGGCGCAGAAGUACGCCGGAGACGCCGUCAUCAAUGUCAGUGAUACCGAAAAGAGAGAAAUUUUAGGCGCAAUGGAUUUGUCUCGGGGACACUGGUAUCAGUGCCCCAAUGGUCAUGUUUACGCCAUCACUGAAUGCGGAGGAGCCAUGCAGGAAGGGAAAUGUAACGAAUGUGGAGCGAUAAUUGGUGGCGCGAGGCACGCUCUGCGCGCAGACAAUCGUGUGGCCACGGCUAUGGAUGGAGCUCAGCACCCGGCUUGGUCAGAAAUGAAUAACCUGGGAAACUUUGAACUGCUCCGGUUGUAAAUGCAGAUAGGACACACACACACAAAAAAAACAUGUUAGUCAGUGGCAUGCUCAGUCUGCACAUUCAGUGGUCGUGAUACAAAGUGGUUUUAGUGGCUUUAUUAAAAUUUUUUCGUUUAUUUGAAAUGCUGACGUACA